ACUGGCGUUAGUGGGAUGCAACUAGCAAUCGUAUCAGAAACCACCGCAAUUAUUUAUGACAAAGUGGAACACAACCCUCUCACCGUUGACGGACAUAUCGCAUGGGCCGCUGAAGUUGAUCUCAAUGCUCUCACUGUACGCGCCUUGAACCCUCUGAGUAAUACUUGGUGUGCAACUGGUAGUUUCCUCGGAAACGGCACCAUGGUCGGCUCUGGUGGAAAUCCCGUCUUUGACAAGAUGUUCACGAAGCUCUACUUAGGCGCUAGCGGCUUGCAAGCCAUCCGGAUGUUCACGCCCUGCGAUGAUAAAACCUGUGAUGUUUUUGAAGACCCCGAUCACAUUCACUUGACAUCAAACAGGUGGUACGCAGCAUCCGUACGUAUUGAGGAUGGUUCUAUCAUUAUAUUCGGGGGUUCUGUCGUCGGAGGGUUCACCAACUCAGACUCCAUCAAUAAUCCUACCUACGAGUUCUUCCCACCAAAGAACAUCAACGGGCACAAUGGAGUUCAGAUUCCUAGCCAAUUCCUUCAUGAUACUCUUAACGCCAACCACUUCCCCUUCAUGACUUACCUUCCGGAUGGCACUAUUUUCGUUGCCGCGAACCAGAACGCGAUGAUCUUUAACUGGCAAGCCAACACUGAAACCGCUCUUCCAGGUAUCCCCAACGGCGUUCGCAUCUCUUCGCCGUUCUCGGCAGGCGCCAUACUUCUUCCUCUCACUCCUGAAAACAAUUAUACCCCGGAAGUUAUGAUAUGCGGGGGGUCGACAGUUUCUGAUACCGUGUUGCCAUCGACCAUUUCUUCGCAGACUCCCACGUCGGCCCAGUGUUCCCGACUAGUCCUAAACGCAGCUGGUAUAGCUGCUGGAUGGCAGGUGGAGAGUAUGCCACAAGCUAGGAUUAUGCCAGAAAUGAUUUUGUUGCCGGAUGGGAGAAUCGUCAUUGUGAAUGGGGCACAAACCGGUGUCGCAGGGUAUGGGAGUGGCCCCGAUCCUGUUGGUCAAAGCGAUGCCGAUAACCCCGCAUUUACCCCAGUCGUCUAUGAUCCGUCUGCUCCAGCAGGUAGUCGGUUUUCAUCCGCGGGAAUUCCAGCCACGGAUAUCGCUAGGGUAUAUCACUCGACUGCGUCUUUGACACCCAAUGGAACGAUCAUGCUUGCGGGUUCCAACCCAAACGUCGAUGUAACGACUGUUAAGUUUCCCACCGAAUACAGGAUGGAGUUCUAUUCACCUCCUUACAUGGCCGAACCUCGUCCAACCUAUACCGGGCUGCCUGCUACAGUGAACUAUGGCGAAGAAUUCACUCUCAACGUUAAUUUGCCUUCAUCCGCAACGAAUGUCUCCGUGUCUUUGAUGGACCUGGGUUUUGCCACACACGGGGUGCAUAUGGAUCAACGUCUACUCAAGCUUGACUCCUCCCUCUCGGAUGACGGUAAGGUUCUAACCGUCACGGGACCGCCUACAGCCAGACUAUAUCCACCCGGACCGGCUUACCUCUUCGUUGUCACGGACGAAGGAGUACCGAGUUUUGGACACAAGACUAUUAUCGGGACUGGAGCCUCACCGCCAGUGGAUGGGGAUGCUGCGGCAAACAUGCUAAGGGCCUCUGUUGCAUCAUUCGUAGCCCCUCCGCCGCCACCUACUGAAGGUGAAGGCAGCGAUGUCGCUACUGCUGUAAUUCCUGUAUCAAGCUCUUGAUUUCUCUAAAGAUACCUGCCCGAAUUGCGUGUAUAGACCCGGAAUCUAUCUACGCAUUAGCCAAUGUGGCAUCUAUACUUCUCUUUGCCUAUCGUCUCGGAAAUGAAGCUAACUCUAUUCAUCCUUUCUAUUCAGUGUAUCAGCUGCACUUCAUGUCCAUCCUUUCUGCACAUGAUACUAUCAAGAAUCUGACAUCCAUCUUUGACCGCAUGAUACAGCACACCACCCUUUGAACUGGAGAACGCCAGGUUAGCUUCUCGGUCCGUUGGACCUGUGAUCUUCCAUCGUUUUUGG